ACACGUUAAUUUCGGUUCUUCUAACUCGUGUCAGUCAAAAUGAGCUUUAUGGGAAUAUCCGCAAAAAUACGUAUUUCUCCUAUUGGAUUUAUAAUUUUAGGCUUAUGUGGUUUAGCAAUUAUUUAUUAUUUUACCACUGAUUUUGGUGCUUCAUCAAAGUACACCGAUUCUAUCGAUACAGUCUCGAUUAAACAACUUCUUGCAGCUGCAAUCGACCUCGCACAAAAUGGCGGCGAAGCCGUGAAAGCGGUGAAAGAAAAUAAUAAUCUCAAGCAAAAAAGCAAAGGUAAGACAAAAGAAGGAGCAGAUGAUCCUGUAACACAAGGAGAUCUCUUGUCCCACAGAGCUAUUUUUUAUGGCUUUGAGAAGGCAUUUCCAAACAUCAAGGUUGUAUCAGAAGAGCAUGAAAAUGCUUCAUUUGAGAAUACCCAGAUUAAGGCACCUACGACAUCAGCUGUCAUGCUUAAUGAACAUUUAUAUAAUCUAGAAGAUGAAUACGUUCCUUCCAGUAGUGUCCUUGUUUGGAUUGAUCCACUGGAUGCAACAAAAGAAUACACAGAAAAUCUACUGAAAUAUGUCACUACAAUGGUUUGUAUAACUGUGAAUGGGAAUCCUGUGGCUGGUGUUAUCCAUAGUCCUUUUCUAAAACAUACCUCCUGGGGAUGGGUCCAACAUGGCCAUUCACCAGAUUUAAAAAAACCGUCUUCACAGGUGUUGGAAAAGGAACCUAAAAUUAUAAUAUCUAGAUCGCAUCCUGGCAGUGAAGUAAAUGCCCGAAUCCAAAAAGCAUUUGGUAAAAAUGCAAAGAUAACCAAUGCAGGGGGUGCGGGAUACAAAGUUUUAGCAUUAUUUGGAGAUGAUGCUGAUGCUUAUGUUCAUUUAACUCUUAUCAAAAAGUGGGAUAUAUGUGCUGGAGAUGCAAUAUUGAGAGCCAUGGGUGGAAAAAUGRCAACAUUGAAUGGAAAGAGAAUAAACUAUGGGAAUGAAAGAGCUAUUAAAAAUAAGGAUGGACUCUUAGCAACAUUAUUGGAACAUGAGAUGUUUCUUAAAAAGCUUUCACAUGCAAGUUUAUAAUUUAAAAGAGUGCAUAUGCUAAACCCAUGAAACAUAGAUAUAUUAGUGUUGAUUAACAGUAUUAUAGAUCAACAGCCACAAAUAAGGGACUUAAWUUUUUCAGUAGUAAGGGAUGGGGUUGGAUUUUUAAAUUCCAUGGCUUAAGCUUCAGGCCACAUGUCAUUUCUUCGAGUAGCAUUUCUUUGAUUAAAAGAGAAGACACAUGAAUUACAGUGAAACCUGUCUAAUCUGAUACAGACAACAAAGGCCCAGAGGAAAGUGUCUGUAAUAUGAGGUAUCUGUAAUAUAGAAGUUGUUCUUACAAAGUGAUUUAAUUUGACAAAACCUAAACAGCUAUCCAUAAAAUAGAGGUGUCUGUAUUACUGAAUGUAUAGAGGUGUCUGUAUUAUAGAGGUGUCUGUAUCAUAGAGGUGUCUGUAUCAUAGAGGUGUCUGUAUUAUAGAGAUGUCUUUAAGGAGAGUUUCCACUGUUUAUAUACACAACUCAAAAACGAAUAUUAUAUUCAAGUUAAUGACUCAUAGUCUGAAUUAGAAAAAAAAAAAACAUUUUUCCUAACCUAAAGAGUUGUCAUUCCCUAAAGUAACAUUUCUUUUUUUAAAAGUUAUUGACAUGACAAGACACAUGAAUAUUGAUACAACUUAAAUUAAGGAUCUUUUCCUUAAGGGAAUGAUGUGGUCUGAAAUGGAAAAAGAUUGUGCUUUACAUUUUAAUUUUUUUAAAUUUAAAUUUUACUUGAACAAUACUUAGUAUCUUUAAUUUGCAGCGUAUUUCAUGUCACUGCAUUCAGUAAAUUCUUUAGGGACUGUUCAUUAAUUAUGCCUCAGGGUGGGCUGGAGGAAAAAUCGAAAAAAACCUUGGAAAAAUUUACAACCACCCUCCCCCUCCCAAUUCUAU